AUGUUGCUGCGGGCUAAAUCACAAGAUUUUGUCACUGAUCCUGACACGGCAUUUAGCGUUAAAGCAUGGAAAAAAGUUGGGGACAGACUGUGGGAAGUCAUCCGAGUGGGAGAUAAAACUGUUGUCGAUUUAGCUGUUACUUGGGGAUUGCUUUUUGAGGCAUUAAAGGAAUGGAAAACAAAGCGAGAACAAGCAGAGCGUGGCAUGGAUGAAGAAUCAGGCUUGAUAACACAGACUGGCGGGGAGGAUGAUUUAGAUGAGGCCUCUGAUGGGGAACUUGUUGAAUCCACCUUUGGAGAAGGUGCAGGUGUCAUGGAAGCUAACAGGCACGCUGCCAAAGCUUCUGGGAAAGCUGCCAGAGCUUCUAGGCCACCUGCCAAAGCUUCUGGGCAAGCUGCCAAGGCUUCUGGGAAAGCUGCCAAAGCUUCCAGGCUGACUGCCAAAGUUCACCAAAAUCUACAACACACACCUGCACAGCAACUCGUUAUGGUGCUUGUAUACACUACACCGUUGCGUCAGCUAGCUGAUAUGUCUUUAGCAGAGAGAGAAACCCAGCCGUCUGCCUCCCUGUUUCCAUCUCCUCUAGCCCAGCCAUCUGCCCCCCCACUUCCCUCUGAACUGCGUGAACAACCUGUAAAGUCGUAUCCUCCAUUGCCUGACAGUGAUAGUGAACAGAGAUACAUUACUAUACAACAAGAAAUGAGAGAACCAUUUUUGCAAUUUGUGGAAAAGCUUGCUGCAGCUAUUGAAAAACAGGUAGAUGAUGAACCUUUGCGACAUAGAUUGUGUAUCCAAUUGGCAAAAGAAAAUGCAAACCCAGACUGCAGAAAGAGUAUUGAUACCUUACCUGGGGAACCUACAUUGCCUGAAAUGGUUACUGCUUGCUCAAAGAUAUCUCACUAUGAAAAAGAAAUAGUGAAAUUAAGGUUGAAACUUGAGAGAGGAGAAGCUCUUCAUCAACAUCUGGAGAAUGAAAUGUCAUUAGCUAGAAAAGAGGCUCAUAUACAGAUGCAUUCUGCAGAGGAAAAGCUGUGGGAUGUAAAAAGCAAAGUUUUGGAACUUCAAGUACUCAAUGACGAAUACCAGCAGAAAGCAGCAGAGACUGAGAAAAUUGUUCAAAGUGCUCAGAGGCAGUGGGAAGAGGAGAAACAAAGUUUUGCAGUGGAGAGGGAAAACAUCCACAGAGUACACCUUGCUGAACUGGAAUUCCUUUUCAAAGAAAAAACUGAAGCAGAAAUGGCUUGUCAGAAAACUAAUGCUGCCCUGCAAAGCAUGCUCAGGAAUUUUAAGGAUAUGGAGGUUGAGCACCAUGGCUGCAACAAGAUGCUGAGGCUCCAGGCCGACCGCCUGGAUUUCAAGGAUAAACAGCAGGAGAGGCUCAUCAAAGAACUGGAGGCAGCUACACUGAAAAUAAAGGAACUGGAGGGAAACACUGCAGCAGCAAGACUAGCACAUAUAGAAUGUAAAUACACUACAGAAACCAUGCAGUUGAGAAUUCAAGAACUUGAAGAUGCUUUGAAUGAAGAGCAGCGUGGCAGGAGAGAAGUUUUUUCAGGGGUAGCAAGGAAAGAUUUCAGAGAGUCAGAAAAUGCACAUGAGAGAGGAAAAAAAGUUUUACAAAGACACCAUUCGUCCUUAAAUGUGCAAUGGAGAGACGAGGCUGAGGAAAGGAAGGAAGCUGAAGAAUCCUCUGGGACAUUAGUGGAUGCUACAGCCAGCUUCACCCUGCACGAAGGCUCAAUAAGGGAGCUGUCCAUCCUCUUAAACUUAUACCAGAGCAUGGCAAACGCCCACGUGCUCGCCAAACAUUCAGACGUCGCCCUGGAAGAGUUACCUUGGACAGAGCUUUGUGCACUCUUGCGUGAGAAUGUUGAAGCCCUGAUCUUGAACUUCCACAAGGCUAACGAGAGGAUAUCCCACCUAGAAUAUAUUUGCAAGCACAAAACUGACACUAUGAACAACCUUCAGCAGAAGCAGGAGGAGGCUUUUGAGAAAAUGUCUGAACAGUUAAAAGCACAGGAACAUUGCAGGCAGAAAGAAGAGCAAUAUCUUGAAGAGCAGUACUCAAAUAUCCUUGCAGAAGUUCAUGCAAGAGCACAGGAAUGUGAAGAAACAGCGCAGAAAACCAGGCAAAAACUGUAUGGCCUUGAACAAAUCUGCGAGAAACUGGCCCACGAAAACAAUUCCAUGACAGAUACAUUAGCAAAUGCUCACAAGGCACGCUCAUCCCUACUGGCAGCCUGUGCACUGCUGUCAGGGGCCCUAUGUCCUCUCUAUGGCAGACUGUGCGCUGUGUCUUGCCAAAGAGACAUUCUUCAGGAGCAGGUGAACCACCACAAAUUAUUGAACCAGAGGAUCAUCAGCCUCCUUUAUGCUCUCCCUACUAAUGUGGAAAACAGCCAAGGCGAAGGCAGGCUGAGGCAGAGAAGAGCCAAGCACCUGGUUUAUGUCUUCCGAAGAGCUGUGAUUGCAGUUCUGGCCGCUAACAGGCUGAGGGCUCUGGCCCGAUAUUCUUGUACCUUUUUCGUGUGGACAGAUGGCUCCAGAGGAUGCACUGGAAUUCAAGUUUGUGUGGGAGAAUCCAGAGGCAGGCAUGUGUCAUGUUUUGAAGAGGAAGGAGUUGACUGUAUUGAAGCACUUGACUGGUUGACUAGCUCUAACCUCUACACUGCAAUAGUCAGUUCCAUCUCUGAACUGGAGGAUGUUCUCAGCAAACAAGAUGCACGCUCCUGGCUUUCUGGACACUCCCUUAUCAGUGCAGCCAGGAACUGCUUUGCAAAACUGAUGGACAACCUGAGCAUACUGAUGGAGACAGUUCAAGGGAAACCUUGUGGGUGCAGAGCUUUCCUGGAGAGGGACUCCCUGAUACAGAGGCUGGCUCGUGGGCUCCGCAGAGUAAAUGCCCAGGCCCUGGAAGCUGGAUUGUAUGACAGACUGCCCAGUACAAGAAACAUAGCAAUCUUGCAGCAAGAAAUAUUUGAAUUUUCACAAAGGCUUCAUGCAGCAGAGGUAGAGUCACACUCACUGCACCUGCAGCUUGCAGAAUGCAAAUGGAGUUGCAAUGAGAUGCAAAAAGAUGCUGAAAAAGCCCACAGACUGCAAGAGCAAUUAAAUGAACUUCAGCAUAAAAUCAACCAAGACAAUAUGCAGGAGGAGUUAAAUAAUGCUUUGCAGCGUGAGCAGGAGGCAAGAUUGCUUUUACAAGAGCACCAGCGACGGCUUCAGGAGCUGAGUAAUAGACUGGAAUCGUGCCCACUUAUCGACACAGAUAGAAGCCAAGUCUCCAGUGUAUCUCUGAUGAGACUCUCUAAUGCAGUGGAGGAGCUGAGGAGCAGAGACCGAGAUCUGGAUCACCAGAAGAGACUCCUGAAAGACACGAAGCAGGACCAGCAGCGGCUGCGGGAGACUCUUGAGGAGGCAGAACCUGCCCUUGAACAGGGAGUAAAAGACAAAGAGUUGAUCAUUAAUCAUAUGAAAGCUGUGGAGGCCACCCUGAAUGAGGCCAGAGAGCAGGCCAUGGCAUCAGGUGCUGCAGCAGCCACGCCGCUCCCCAGCCUGCAGCUGGAGACCCUUUCAGAGGAAGCAGUGAGGGACAGGCCAGAGGCUAUGGCAUUCCAGCACAUGCUUAGACCUUUUAUGGAUCUCUACUCACUGGCAGCUUCCAAAGUGAAAGCAUUAACAUCAGGAAGAGAAUCUUCACAGAUUCACUUUGAACCCUUAGCUGCUGAGCCUCUAACUCCUGCUGCUGAUGAAUCCUUGCAAGUUCACUUUGUGCCCCAAGCAGCUGGUUCACCUCCUCCUGCUGCUCCUUCUGCUCCUGAUGAAUCUUUGCAAGUUCACUUUGAACCUGAAGCAACUGGAUCGCCACCUCCUCCUCCUCCUGCUGCUGCUGCUGCUCCUGCUGAAUCUUUGCAAGCUCUCUUCGAACCCAAGACUGGUGAUACACCACCUGCUCCAGCUCCUGUUCCUGCUCCUGAUGGAUCUUUUUGGGGUCGAAUUGGACCCCAGCUAGCCAGAACACCUCCUGCACAUGCUCGUGACAGUGAUGACUCUUUUCUACCUCUCUUCGUGCCCAAAGGAGCUGCUGCACCUUCUGGUCCUGUUCCUGUUGUAAAUUUGCUAUCUCUGAACCGAUAUUUUUCAGGUUGGCUUUGCACCUAAAGCACCCCGUACACCUGCUACUCCUGUUCCUGCUCCUGCUGAUAUUUUUCAGCCUUAUAUUUCACCCCAAGCAGCUGGUAGACCUCCAGCUCCUAUUCCUGCCCCUGAAGCACACUGGAGAGUGCCUAGCCACAGAGCCCGUAGUGUAUCUGGAACCCACGUACCUUCCAUUGUGGUAGCAGGCAGGACCUACAGUGUGUCUGAAACCAACACACCCUCCAGUGUGACACCAGGCAGAUUCUACAGUGUGUCUGAAACCAACAUACCCUCCAGUGUGACACCAGGCAGAUUCUACAGUGUGUCUGAAACCAACAUACCCUCCAGUGUGACACCAGGCAGAUUCUACAGUGUGUCUGAAACCAACAUACCCUCCAGUGUGACACCAGGCAGAUUCUACAGUGUGUCUGAAACCAACACACCCUCCAGUGUGACACCAGGCAGAACAGGUUUUGGGUCAUCAAUGGGCAGAGUCAUCAACCUGACACCAACCAGAACCAAUACUGGGUCAGCAGUGGAUGCAUUCUCCCAUAUGAGACAAAACAGAGCUCUUACCAUGCCUUCAGGCAACAUGUCCUCCAGUCUGACAGGGAAUAGAGCUGGUACUGGGUCUUCAGUCAACACAUCCUUCCGUUUCAAACCACGAAGAAGCAGUUCUUUGCCUUAAGUCAGACCUUCCAGCCAGGAUGUCUUACCCAGCACCAGAAGAAAUCAGGAAAUUUAAUUAUCAGAUGUGACAGAUUUCUUCACCAAAAAACUAGCUUCUCUUCAGAAAGAAAAUACCUCAGCAAUGCAAAAAGAUCUAAAUAAAGUACAGUCUUACCUAC